GAUCAAUGGGAGCCGCGCGCACCUGCCUGUUGCAGACGACAAAGUUCGAUCAGUCAUGUCUACGGUUCCAAACGCUAGAUCUAGAGAAAACAUGAGCCUUUUACACGAAAUUUUAGUAACGGUCAAAAAUGUGUGUGUUGCAUAUUUUGUAUCUUUUUAUCGCUUCUUUAUUCCGCGAUCGCCAAAAUCAGUUGUCGGCGACAUUGUUUUGAUAACGGGAUCGGGCAGUGGAAUGGGUCGCCAGCUCGCGGUGGAGUUUGCAAAGCGUGGAGCGGCGAUUGUUCUGUGGGAUAUUGAUAAAGAAAGAAAUAACGAGUCCCUUACAAUAAUUGAGGACAUCGGAGGGACAGCGCAUUCCUUCAUCGUUGAUGUCAGUGACCGUGAGGCAGUGUACCGGACAGGAGAGCGGGUCAGACAGGAAGUGGGGGACGUGACCAUCUUGAUCAACAACGCCGGAGUUGUGACUGGCAAGUCGCUAUUGGAGUCUCCAGAUAACAUGAUUGAGAGGACUUUUGAUGUCAAUCUACUUGCUCACUUCUGGACGGUGAAGUGUUUUUUACCAGCCAUGCUUCGGAAGAACCAUGGCCAUGUUGUCAACAUAGCCAGCUCAGUGGGACUUAUUGGUGUCAACAAGUUGACAGACUACUCAGCUUCCAAAUUUGGCGUGGUGGGUUUCACUGAGGUGUUGAACUAUGAGAUAGUCUUUGCUGGAUACGAUCAAGUUCAUACCACCGUCGUGUGCCCAUCUUAUACAAAGACAGGCAUGUUUGAGGGCUGUGAGAUGAGGUCAUACCCUAUUUUUGAGCAUCAUAGAUUCCCGGCAGUUAUACCACCCCUGGAGACAAGGGCCACAGUGGAAAAGAUCAUUCAGGGAAUUCUCACCAAUCAACAUCAAAUCUGUAUUCCACGCUUGGUGUAUAUCAUUGCAGUGCUCAAAACAAUGCUGCCAACAGAUGCUAUGGUAGAAAUCGUGAAGUUCUUUGGAGCAGAUAAGUUCAUGGACACAUAUACAGGAAGAAAGUGAAAUUCCCUCAAAAUGGGAAAAAAACAAUUCUUGAAAUGUUUUCAGAGACAUCUGUGUUCUUCUUCAAACCAAUUACUGGGGACGUCACAUAUGAUACUUCCUCAACCAAUCACUGGAGACUUCACAAAUGAUACUUCCUCAACCAAUCACUGGAGACGUCCCCUGUGGUACUUCCUCAACCAAUCAGUGGAGAGGUCCCCUAUGGUACUUCUUCAACCAAUCACUAGAGGUGUCCCAUAUGGUACUUCUUCAACCAACCGCUGGAGAAGUGACAUAAAAUACUUCCCCAACAAAUCACAGGAAACGUCCAUGCGGUACUUCCUCAACCACUUACUGGAGACGUCCAUGCGGUACUUCUUCAACCAAUCACUGGAGACGUCACAUAUGAUACUUCCUCAACCAAUCACUGGAGACGUGACAUACAAUACUUCCCCAACCAAUCACUGGAAACGUCCAUGCGGUACUUCCUCAACCAAUCACUGGAGACGACCCAUACGGUACUUCUUCAACCAAUCACUGGAGACGUGACAUACAAUACUUCCCCAACAAAUCACAGGAAACGUCCAUGCGGUACUUCCUCAACCACUUACUGGAGACGUCCAUGCGGUACUUUUUCAACCAAUCACUGGAGACAUCACAUAUGAUACUUCCUCAACCAAUCACUGGAGACGAGACAUACAAUACUUCCCCAACCAAUCACUGGAAACGUCCAUGCGGUACUUCUUCAACCAAUCACUGGAGACGACCCAUACGGUACUUCUUCAACCAAUCACUGGAGACGUCCCCUACGGUACUUCUUCAACCAAUCACUGGUGACGUCCCCUACGGUACUUCUUCAACCAAUCACUGGAGACCCCCCCUAUGGUACAUCUUGGUAC